AUGGCUUAUCUCGCAUCUCAUGAGCCGUGCCAGCUUGGUGAAGAGAUUUCUGGAAACCAACUAUUCCAAAGACUUGCAAAGCAGCUUCAGUUACCAAGACUAAAAAAUGAAAAAGUAGAUCAGAAGGAUCAAUAUUGUAGUAUUAGGUCGGAUUUUGGAUCAGUUGUCAAGUCUCCUUGUGUCAAUUGGACGGAGAGAAGAGCGGCGGUUCUGAUUUGUCUCUUUGAAGGCGAAGAAGGUGAAUUACGAGUUAUUCUCACCAAGAGAUCCAUGAAACUGUCCUCUUACCCAGGGGAUGUAGCUUUGCCUGGUGGGAAAUUUGAGAAAGGAGAUGCAGAUGACUCGGCUACUGCAUUAAGAGAAGCCAUGGAAGAGAUAGGAUUGGAACCUAAUCUGGUUCGAGUUGCUGCCACUUUAGAGCCUUUUAUUUCUCAGGUAAGAAAGGGACCAAGGAAAGAGACCGCCGGCCGGGGUGUGGUGUCAUGUUUUGUGUUCCAUUUAUGCUCCCACCAGACUCAAGUCCCAUAUCAACCAUUCUUAUUGAAAAGAUAAAUAAUAUCCAUCACUUUUCGAGUUA